AUGGCGGCUGUUAGUGUUAGACAAAAGAUGGCGAAGUUGAUUUCGGGAAGAACGCCGAAGGUUUUGCUGAACUCGGAACAUUCCCACACCAACAAUCAUUACCGCCAACGACCGAUUUUAAAAAGAGGUGAUACAGUGGAAUCAGAACACGAUCAAAGGCAAGUAGAAUACGACAUUAUCAAGCAAAACCCCGAGGAUAGAAACCAAGCUCAGGGGGCAUUGCCACAGCGAAGAGAGAAGAUCAACACUCAAUACUCGUUGCUCAAGAAAUUCAACGCAAAUACAUACGCCAGCAAGAAGACAGUGACGCAGGGCAUGCUCGAUAUUGCUCUGUUGACAGCCAACACCUCUUACCUAAACCUACUAUGUCAACAGUACAAUAGCGGGAACCAGCCUAAUUUUUUCUGGUUCUUGGUUACGCUGUUGGCGUUAUCCAUUACAUUUCAGCUAAUGACCGCGAUUUUGCUAUUUUUCAAGUUGAGGUACAACAUCAAUAAAGACGAACAACAACAACGCGCUGACCUAUUUAACAACAUAGCCACCUUGCUCGUAAUCGUUAUCACUGUCCUCAACGUGUUUAUUGCUUCGUUCAGCGGUAGCAAUCCGGCCAGAAAUGAGGCUAGUUCCGCCACUCAUGCACCUGUUCUUGUGACACUUGUAUCGCAAGACUGA